UAACGCUUUUGAAUGGAGAGUCAGAGCGCGUGAAGGCUGCAGCCAGGCGAGCAAAGCGCGAGACACAGUGCAUCAUUAAAGCUUCAGCGCAUUUCGUUUUCUGAUUUGUUUUUGGGGGGGCUUGGGAGGCGAUCAGGAAAUGAUCUGGCUGCAUUUGCACAGCUAGCACUCGGUGAGUUCAUUUUGCAGGGGAAAUAAAGCAAGGCAAGGCGCAGGUCGUCUUAGUGCACGUCUUCAAUCCAGACAAGAGCAAAACCACACAACCCCAAAGACACGGACAUUGGCGUGCAGAAUGGACUACGAAAGACCCAACGUAGAAACAAUAAAGUGUGUUGUGGUGGGAGACAACGCUGUAGGGAAGACUCGCCUUAUUUGUGCCCGAGCCUGUAACACCACUUUGACCCAGUACCAGCUGCUGGCCACUCAUGUCCCUACAGUCUGGGCUAUUGAUCAGUACCGAGUCUGCCAAGAGGUAUUGGAGCGCUCCAGAGACGUGGUGGAUGAUGUCAGUGUGUCCCUCAGGCUGUGGGACACCUUCGGAGACCACCACAAAGACCGGCGCUUUGCCUACGGCAGGUCUGACGUGGUGGUUCUCUGCUUUUCCAUUGCCAACCCCAACUCCCUCUACCACGUGAAGACUAUGUGGUACCUGGAGAUCAAACACUUCUGCCCACGUACACCUGUUAUUCUGGUUGGGUGUCAGCUUGACCUACGCUAUGCAGACUUGGAGGCUGUCAACAGGGCUAGACGGCCAUUAGCAAGGCCUAUAAAACCAGGAGAUAUUUUGCCCCCAGAGAGAGGACGGGAAGUAGCCAAGGAGUUGGGGAUUCCAUACUAUGAGACAAGUGUCUUUGAUCAGUUUGGCAUUAAAGACAUCUUUGACAAUGCUAUCCGAGCUGCCCUCAUCUCCAGACGCCAUCUUCAGUUCUGGAAGUCCCAUCUACGGAAGGUCCAGAAGCCCCUCUUGCAAGCACCGUUCCUCCCACCAAAAGCUCCCCCACCACUGAUCAAGAUCCCAGACUGUCCCCGGAACAACCAGGAUAGCCCCAGGAAACUGCUGGAGAACCCCUUCUGUGCUGAUGUCAUGUUCAUUGUUCAAGAACACUUCAAUGUGUUUGCCCACAAGAUCUACCUAUCUACCUCAUCCUCCAAGUUCUAUGACCUGUUCCAGAUGGACAUCUCUGAAGAGUCCCAGUCGAUGGUUGCGACGGAGCGUCACAGACGAGAACACCUGAUGAGAACCCUCAGCCUGGACACAGAUGAAGUCAUGGCUGUGCUGCCUAACCUCUCACCUAGUUCCCUACGGGCUUCCAAGAGUGAUGGGACUCUGAAGGUAAUGAGCUUUAAUGCCAAGCACCACCACAAACAGCUGUCCUUGGCAUUUUGGUGCAAGGCCUUCCAGAACAUCCACAAAGAAACUGUGGUUAACCCGGUAACGGGAACAGCGGCUGUCAUGACUGUGGUGCAGAUGGACAACUCCUUCCAGCUGGGUCCCUUCAGCGCAGUGCUGCGGUUCCUGUACACAGGAGAACUGAAUGAAAGGGAGAUGGACCUGAUGAAGAUUGCUCAGAUUGCUGAGAUCCUAGAAGUUUUUGACCUAAGAAUGAUGGUGGAGAAUAUCAUGAACAAAGAAGGCUUUAUGAAUAAGGAAAUCACAAAAGCAUUUCAUGUGAGAAAAGCCAACAGGAUUAAGGAGUGUCUUGCCAAGGACACCUUCACAGAUGUGGUGUUUAGGUUGGAUGAUGGCACCAUCAAUGCUCAUAAGCCUUUGCUGAUCUCCAGUUGUGAUUGGAUGGCUGCUCUGUUUGGAGGAUCGUUCAUAGAGAGUGCGAACAAUGAGGUCUCUUUUCCUAACACCAGCAGGGCGUGUAUGCAGGCAGUGUUGGAGUAUCUCUACACCAAUCAGCUGUCACCCAUGGCAGAUUUGGACCCAAUGGAAUUAAUUGCUCUGGCAAAUAGACUGUGCCUUCCCCGCCUCAUUGCCCUGACAGAGCAAUAUGCUGUGAGCGAGCUGGUGAAAGCCUCUAGGGAUGCCCAAGACAUAGACGGCGAGGUUCUCAACUACCUGGAGUUUGCUCAGUUCCAUAAUGCCAACCAACUUACUGCUUGGUGCUUGCAUCACAUAUGCACUCAUUAUAAUAACAUCUGUGCCAAUUAUCGCAAAGAGAUCAAGUCUAAAUCGCUAGAAAACCAAGAGUACUUUGAGAAGCAUCGCUGGCCUCCGGUUUGGUACCUGAAGGAGGAAGAUCACUACCAGCGGGUGAAGAAGGAGAGGGAGAAGGAAGACGUGGUCAUGAACAAGCACCUCUCUCGCCGUCGCUGGUGUUUCUGGAGCACUUCUCCUGCGGUGGCAUGAGAGAGAGAGAGGCGAGAGAAAGAAAGAAAGUGAGAGAGAGAGAGAGAGAGAGAGAGACCGCGCCUCUUUUCCUGCUAAUGCACUGAAAUCUUUUCUUUUGGACUUACACCCAGUAAGUCAAGCAGACGUCCAAACGGUUCAAAGCACAAUCUACAAUCACCCACAGAAUACAGGCCAUCAAAUGUAGUAAUGCUCAACCAAUGAAAAAAUAUAUAUAUAUAAUAUAUUAUAUUAUAUUCUCUGGUUGUAAAGUUUGUAAGAAAAAAAAAAAAAGAGGUGGUGGGGGAAGCUACACCUAGGCAUAACUAAUUCCUAAUAUUUCCCUUGAUUUCUAUUUCCUUCUAGUUCUAAGUACAAACGAUUUCUGCAGCUUUUAACAGUGCUACAUCGAAACGCUGCUAACAAACCACCACAAACUCGUAGCUGACUUUGCUUUUUCGUAGCUGAAUCGGCGUUUGAGAGUAAUUACGAUCGCUCCACGUGCAUCGUGAUUAAACUAGCGUCUCUAAAAAAAAUAAUAAAAAUAAAAAAACGACGUUUACGACUCGAACACGCAGCGUGUGGCAGGAUCCGUGCGUGCUGUAGACGAAACAGCAGCUUCCUUUGACACCAGCCCUAAUAUAAAACAUCAGGUACAUCAAUGCAGUCGCUUCUCCGCUGUAUGUUACGAGAGCACGACGGCACCAUUUAUUUUUUAUGUAGUGCCAGGGAACACUGUAGCUCAUCUAGCUAGUCCUGUAAUUCUGUGUAAACAUUUAAUGGUUGAAUCAAACUCUUAUUAUUAGAAGGGCUUAGCACUACGGCUUAGUUCAGGGCUUACUUGAAACCAAGAAGCAAAACAAUCAAUAACCACCGAUCGCAUAUAUUAUCGUCCCUGUGAUUGUGCUAGGUGUUACAUGUAGGCUUACUAGAGUGGAUUUGAACUUUAUACUUUACACAUCAAAGACGGUUCUAGUCACUAAAGGGUUAAGGAAUUCCGAGGUGAAUGUAAAUGAGCAAUAAGCUGAAACUGUGGGCUUUUGCUUUCAGGUGAUUCUGUUGUGUGUGCGUGUGCGCGUGCGUGUGUGUGUGCGUGUGUGUGUGUGUGUAGUGUUGGCCAGGAUAGGCAGAUAGAUAUGUACUCUGUGUGGGUGUUUUGUAUACGAUGCACCACCUCAUCAUUACCAUAUCCUGAUCCAGACAGGUCACAUUGACACUGAGGGGGUAACUUAAUACUUGAAAAAUAAACUGCUUCUGUCUUUAGCCAUGUAGACUUGUCUUUGGUUCAGUACAAAUAUAAAGUAGUCGAUGCUCACUGGUGAUUGUUCUUUUUCUGGCAGAUUAAGUGUUCAUUGUUAUUAUUAGCUGCUGCAAACCAAGUGGCUGGUUCAUUUGGUACUUGGCCUUUUCGAUUUCGCUCUUCUUCAUCACCCGUAAUGCUGGCUGUUUUUAUUUAUGUAUUUAUUUCUUUUCUAAACAGAAUAUUGUUCGGUGAAUUACAAUAAAUGAUCGAUUUACUUA